AUAGUCUUAAACAAAAUUUCGACCAAAAACCCUCAAAUUUGAUAUUUAAGAAAUUCAGACGUCACCCUAAUAAGCAGAGAAGAGCGCCACCAAUAAUUCAAGCAACAGUUAACAGUUGACAACAGCGCCAAUUAACAGGAGUGCAUUUUCAACGAGCGAUUAUAAAACCUUCAAUUCUUGAUGUCUAGUCUGUACGGAAUAUUCUUUCGACGCGUUUUAUUUAAGAAGAUAAUCCUACAUUGAGAGCAGCUACGCAAUUGAACCAGCCCAGUCUCUCAGAAUGGACAGAGUCGAGGUAGACGCAUAGCUGAAAGACGUUACAUUUCUACAUUUUUGAAUCCUUCUGUUUCGACAAUGGCCCGAACUUUAUUAGGAAGAUCAGAGGUCGUAGUGGCGGCAACCACCGCUCUCCUGAUGCUAGGAUUUUUCACAGCGUACCAGACAUCUGUUGACUCUACACGGGAACUGCGUUACACGAUGGCAUCUGGUGCUAAUUCUACAAAGUGCUCUUGUGAACAUGAUGUAGAAACUGCCAUUCGUGCUCUUAAGCAGCAUUUGUCGGUCAGUGCUGUCUCUACAGCCCCUAUCAGGAUCAAAUCACCUGUAACCAGUAGCCUCAUGUACCUUCAACCUGGACAGGAACGCGUGUGUAAGGAUGGCCAAAUUGACCAUGGAUGCUACUGCAAGAAAGCCACCAAUGUCUAUCCACCCGAAAACAUACUUUUAAGCCAAGAUAUUCGGUGGGCACGAGGAUGCAAGAAACGCAGACCCGAUGCGAUCAUUCCAGGAACCAUGAAGAGCGGUACUACGGCUCUAAAGGCCUACCUUGAAAUCCACCCGGCUAUCACUUUCCCAGAUAGGGAAUUAAAAUUUGCAAACCAUCACAAGUUAGAAGAAUUUGAUGAAUACAAUAAAGUCAUGCCUUAUUCUACCCCAGAUCAGAUCGCAAUAGAGAAAACCGCGGGAUAUUUCAACAGGAUACCAAUCGUAGAGAGACUUCGAGAGGCUUUGCCUGAUAUCAAAUUUAUCAUAAUCAUGCGCGAACCGAUACAGCGUGCAGUGUCAAACUAUAUGCACAUGCUCGUUGUUAACGCAACAACGGGUAUGUUACCCGUUAAAGAAUAUUCUUCUACUCCACAAUAUGAGAUCAAAUCUACCUUUCGUGAGUCGGUCCUUUUUCCAAAUGGUAGUCUCAAAACGGCUAAUCGUCUCCUCGAUACAAGUCGAUAUGUUCGAUACCUAAAACAGUGGUACCGCAUAUAUCCUAGACAUCAAAUCCUUGUCUUGGACGGGGAGGAGUUUACACAGGAUCCCCUCCCAAGUCUCCAAAGAGUCGAGGAAUUUCUGGGAAUUGAUCGCUACUUUGACGAUGAUAAAUUUUUCUUCAACGAGACGAAAGGGUUCAUCUGCCUUCGAGAUCCUUUUGAGAUGUGUAUGACAGGUAACAAGGGGAGGCCGCACGAAGAGGUCAGUGAUGACUUAAUGGAAAAGCUGAGGGAUCACUUUAGACCCUUUAAUCGGAAACUUGUCAAGGUUCUUGAGCGAGAACUUAGCUGGACGAAUUCUUACUAAAUAACACAAUUACAAUUUGGAACAUUUGGAACUAUUGGAAAGUUGUAGGGUUUCAGAAAAGACUAAAAAGUACAAUAUGUGUUUCACCUUGUAAACCAUUAUUAGUAUCUUAUUAUUUUGCUAUAACUCGCCUUUCGCUUUGUGUGAGCGAUAUAAGGUAUUAAAGCCCGUCUGUACUAGUUUGACCAGGAGUAAGUGGCAGGUGGUUAUCUCAUCAAAUCAGCUCUCACCUAACAUAUGAAAAAAGUGGAUCAUGGGGGACCAACAUGCAUUGUUUGCUAUAUAGAGAGAGCAAGUAGCUACAAGUAGUGCAGUCUCACUGUAACAGGACACAAUGGCGGAUUUAAAACAAAAGAAGAAGCUGGUGCACAUCUGUGCACAUAAUACAUGCGCACUAAAAGAUGAUGUAAUAGUGUAUUUUGAAGAGGUUGUUUGUCAUAGCUAAAUCCAUUCUUAUUUCAUGGGUUUUUGAAGCCGUCUAUACUAAAAGUAGCGAAUUUACCCCCCCCCCUAACAAAAACGCCUAAAGUAGUUAAAAUAUAUCAGUUAUUUGUUUUGCAUUUUCGUGUUUUUUUUUAAUUGAAAUUUGCCUAAAAGAAAAA